AUGAAAUCUCUAAUUGUGCUAUCUUUGUUGAUAUACUCAAUAGCAACCCAAGAGAACUGCAGAUUUGCAUUCGAAUACACUCAAAAGGAAUUGCAAUCAGAUCCCAAGAAAGUGCAAGAGUUUCUGUCCAAGGUUAUGAAAUGGGAAUCUAAAUUCGCUAAGGAUUUAGGAAUCGACAAGAAAUCUGGUCUAACUUUAGAUGGGCAAUAAUUAGAUGUGAACACUGGAAUGCCCAAUGGUAAACCACAUCAAUUCACUGCCUCAUCCAAGGAGUCGAUCCAUUUGGCACUGAUUGGAUUAGCUCUAGCUAAUAAUGAAUAUGCCAAAUAGAUCUACUCGGAAGAGGAAGCCUUGGACCUAUUGAAUAGAAAGAUCAAUACAUACGAAUAGUUCGACAAGGAUUACCCAGGUUAUGGAGGAUUCUUGCCAUGGGUGGCAGUGAAUGAUGGAGUAGUCACUCCAACUUGGGAUUGGACUGAUGGAGUACCUUCAUUGGAUAAUGGACAGUUGUUUUGGGCUGCUUAUGCAGUUGUGUCUGUGUUGGAAACAUGGUAUUCAGAUCAAGACGAGUUGAUUGGAAGAUAUACUAGAUUCUAUCAGAAGAUGGCUAACAAUUCCAUAACAAUAUUCUACGAAGGUAAUGGGAUGAUAAGAGCAGUCACUAGAAUCCAAGACAUCAAAGCCAGUGUGGAAAAAAACUAAUACUCAAACAGAUAAUCAGACUGCACCAACUUCAAAAGUCCUUGUUAUUUGGAUGAUCCAUAUGAAGGAGAAUUGUUUGCAUGGAUGAUGUACUUCUAUGCCCCAUGGAAAGAUCAAACAGAGAGAGAGAAGAUAUGGGUGGCAAAGAAAUCCAAAUUGCAAGUAGUCGAUUAUAAGGUUGCUGGAUUGAAUAAGUACAUCUCAGUUCAAAGAGGAUGGUGGUUUUCAGCACAUGAACAAUGGAAAUAUCUCUUCAUGCCUUAUACUCAUGAUCAAAUCCAAUUAAAUUUAUUGAUUAAUGGUGAGAAAGUACGUACAUGGGAUGCCAGAAACAAUGGCAAACCUGGAAUGUUCGCUUCGAUUACCAGCAACAUCACAAAGAAUGAAGAUCAAGUAGAUUAUUAUAGUGCUUGUGGCAUCGAAGAAGUCUCCUAUAUCCCUGUGACAUACAGACAUCUAGUUACACCAUAUUCAACUAUGACCAUGUUUUUGGCAAAUCAAGAAGUUGCAGUCUCUUGGUAUCACAAUAUGAUAUCAGGACCAGCUGGACAGAAUGCCUAUGGAAGCACUGAAGGAGUUGUUGUAGAUGGCACUUCAGUUGCUCCUUUUGUCACUUGGGACAGUAAGAUGACUACAGUGUUGGGCAUGUUAGGAGGCAUAUUUGAUUAUACAGCCAAGAAGUUGAAUGUGGAAGGAAAUUAUAAUCUGUUCUUGAAAGUGUUGAAUAGAGAGUGGCAACAAUCAUUUUCUAAUCUUAAAGGAGCAGAUGUUCCUUUUGCAUAUCCCAAUGCCACAUUCCCAUAGGUCAAGAAAGAUUUCACAACCUGUGCAAGAAAAACAGAUGUUGUUGAACAAUGA